AUGGUGCAGUUUUCCAAGAACGGCAGUUGCCACGGUGACGCGAGCAUCAUCUACCAGCCGUCACCUUCCUGUCGAGACAUUUCACCGAGGAACUCCUGGAUCAGUGGGGGGAGGAAGAUCACACUCACUGGAUCUCACCUGGAGUUUGUGGAGGGGGUCAUUCACAGCCGAGCCCCUCAGGAAGUCCAACCUCCGACUGACAGGAACCAUCAGAAUCUCACCUUCAAGUCACCUGCAGCUACAAAUCCCUCCAGAGUUUCCAGCAGUUCUCUUCUGUUGAAAGUCGCCAAUGAAACCUUGAUCUGCUCCACAAACCUGAUCUACCAUCCAGACCCAGAGUUCACCAGCUUCACAUCCACACAGAGGGGUGACCACGUCCAGAUCACCAUACAGAGAAAAGCAGACAAACUGGAGAUAACACCAGCGGAGUUGUCAGUAUGGGGGGAGCAGGAGGAGAAACGAUACCCCUGCAUCAUGGAAGACAAAGACCCCGGUGAAGAGUUCAACUUUUACUCUUGUGAGAUUCAGAGCCCACCCAGCGCACAGUUCCAGACGUUAAUGAUUAAAUACGGUGACAAGACAGUGUUACUUGCUCCUCCAAUGUUAAUGCCUCCAGUCAUUGUCAUCCUGCGCUUCAUGCUGAUCCCCUGUGUUAUUGCUGCGCUGGUGUUUAUCUGUCUGUGGGAUAAGAAAGUCACCAAGAAGAGGAACAAACCCUGAUCACUGG